CUUUGCCGAUUCAUUAACAAUCUUUAUCGAAGCAUCAAUAAGAAAAGAGAGAAGACUCGAGAGAUCUAGUGAUAUGGGGUGCGACUCCCACGGCAAUCUAACCGAUGCAGAGUUCAGCAAACCGUUGCCCUCCAUAGGAAUCUACGUAGCUACCGCAUCACUCAUCUGCGGAGUCUCCAUGUUAACCGAUCUUCUCCACGCCUUCCUCCACCGUAAAUACUGGUUCCCCUGCAAGUUCUUCUCCCUCAACGCCACCACUCUCACUUUCAUCUCCGUCUGCGUCAAACUCUCCUUGGAUCUCAACACCCCCAUGCCUAGCCGCCAAGACCAGCUCGCCAAGCUCAGCAGCAGCGUCUUCUUCUGCGUCGUGAUGGCUAACUCCAUGCCUUCUCUAGGGUUCAUGCUCACUCGAGACCUCCUCAUGAACCUCGUGGCUCUCGGGAUUCUCGUCGUCACCGACGUCGUCAACAUCUGUAUCCAGCUGGGGACAGGCGCCAUCUACGUUUUCACUUGGGAGCACGCGCUCGUCAUCGCUCUAAUGCUUCUCAUGUUUGUGAUCUUGAGCUUCUCCGCCAUCACGAUUCCCGCCACCAAACGUUACUUGGAGCUCAAGUAUAAGAAGAAGUACGAGUUUGCUUUGAAGGAGUGUCCUUCUCACGCCGAGAGAAGAAAGGGUGUUCCUAAGCUUAGAGAAGACCUGAUGAAGUUCUGGAUGAUGGCUCAUACUUCUUCCCCUCAGUUCGUGAUGGCUCGCUCCGUCACUUGCACCGCCUCUGGUUUCCUCUGUUUCUUGAGCGCGGUCACUUUAGCCGAAGCCAUGGUCAGGUCUUACUUCUUGCAGCCACGAUCGCUUGGGUUCUGUAACGGAGACUCUGAUUACAAAUGGUCAACCACUCUGGUUCUUGUCUCUCAGGGAGCUUCAAUAGUCAUAGGGACCGUUGCUCCAGCGAGCAGAUGGUUUAGUGCGGUGAACUUGAGGACGAAGAAAGGUUUGAGAGAUGAGUUGAGAGUAGAGAGCUAUUGGUUCGAGUGUCUCUCCGAGAAGAAAGAACGUCCCUUGAUGAACCUUUGGAUGCUCAACGGUCGCCGCGGCAGGAAGCUUGCGCACGACGUUAACAGAUGGAUGCUGGACGUAUGCAUUGCAACGCAGCAUGGGUUAGUCUUGGCUAGCAAGUUUCUCCGUUUCGUCACUGUUUGCUUUGUGAGUAGAAUCUUGCUGUGUUGUUGUUUAUUAUUCACCUUCAAAUGUGAGAGUAGUACCGUCUCAAACGCUGAGUCUUCUUCUUCUCCAUCGACGAGACGGUUUGUUCUGCAUCUCGAAGGAGAGGAGGAGCUGGUGGACUACAUGGCACGUAGCAACCGUGAGGCGACGGAGCAUUUGAUACAAAAGGGUCGGAAACAGCAACCUGUUAACUUGAUAGAGCUCUUGGAGUCAACAACAGGUUCAGUCUCGCAAGGGUUUGAAGGGAUAUGGGAUUUCGACAGCGACGAGGUCGUUUCAUUAGCCUCUGGAGAGCCACCUAAUAGCUGGGCGCUUCCGUUGGUAACGCUGACGAGUAUAGCUGUUGCUCUUCCCAACAUAAGGCCUUGCUCUUUGAAGAAGUUGGUGAAGGCUGUGAACGAGGCAUUGGUCUAUGUGAAGAAGUUUGAAGACGUUUUGGACGUUGAUGGAGAGUUAGCUAGCAGCAGGAAAGCUGCGGAGGUGGUUUGGUUAGGUGUUGAUCUCUACCAUAAGUGGCUCAACGUGGAUCUUCGAAAACUAUCAAAACAACAGAAAACAACAACACAAGUUCUUGAAGAGAUGGUGGAGAUAGCUAAGAGAGAGUUUACGGAGUUGUGGCAGAAGAAUCUGAUAUAUUGCAUGAAGCAUAAGCCUUCGCACUGGCCCAUCAAGACCCUGGCAGCUAACUCCAUGUACCGAAUCAGCCAAACCCUUUUGAACAAGUACGAGUCGAGAGACAUUGGAACAGAGGAGGAGACGUUGUUGAGAGAUGUGGAGAGGAUGGUGUCGGACAUAGUAUCAGGGUGCUUUUGCAACGCGGCACAGGUGAUAGGAAUGAAGUGUUUGGUGACGGCGGUGGAAGUGAGGGAAGCGUCGGUGAGAGAAGCUGCGAUGCAUCUAGGGAGAACUGAGAAGAUACUUGAGAUUGUGGACAGGAGAUGCAUGCCUGCUCUGUCUCAUCACCAAGUGGCGAAGAUUGAUGAGUGGAGAGAGUUUUAUAGGACUAAUAGAUGCAUCUCUUUGACUCGUCCUUCCACUCAGUGUACCACACGUGAACUCAUUCUCAACCUUGAGUAACACUUACAUGUCAAAGUCUAUAAAGAGUUGAGAUAGCUUUUUGUACAUAGGAUAAUGAAAGCAAUAAUAUGCUUUUUUUUUUAUCAAAAGCAAUAAUAUGCUUUAAUUGGCGGUUUGAUGCACAUGUCAUACUAUCAACUUUUCUUUAUACAGACUCUUCCAAAGCUUGUACUCCCUCUGUUUUUAAAAGAUGCAUGUUCUGGAAAAAAUAUUUGUUUCAAAAAGAUGUAUUUUUUAUGUUUUCUAUAUAAAAAUUG